UCUAUGAGCUUCCUGUAAUGUAUGGUGUGUCUCAUUCCGAUGGAAACAAAGAGGAACGUCUAACUAAGCUUUUUGCUAAAAGUGUGAGACGAGGAAAAACAGAACGUUGUGCAAGUCCAAAGAGGACACUGCUCUGGUUGGAUGAUCGCGAGACGAAUGUUGGUAAAUAAAUGUGAGCAAAAACGAUAACAGAGAGAAAUGGACUUUGUACAAUGCACGUGCCUUACUGUCUAUUAGUUUCGUUCAAUAGCUACGUUCAGAUCAGACAUUCGGAACAUUUCGAUAAAGAACGCUAUUCGAGCGCUCGAACAAGCAUCGUCGAUACGACGAUCGAGCUUACUUUUAGUACGAGUCUCAUACUGGUUUGACAAAUUUCGAGAAAAGCACUUUGAUCGUAGUCAACUAUAAGUGAGAAAUGAAAAGGAAUAGAAAGAGCAUUGUCAGUGAUUAUUAUUUUACCGAAACACAAUGCGAAGGUCAUUCCGUCGCACGCGUCCGACCGUACGACAGUGCAACGACACGCUGUGCUUAUUUUCGGAACUGAAUACAUCGAAUUAACAAAAGAGUCGGUAAAAAUGAAGUCGAAACAAGAACCGAAAUUCUUUUACCAGGAUCAAAAAUGUAUCUCGCCACCAAACUCUAGCAGCUCUAAUCGAGUAUCUCGAUUAUAUAUCUAUUAAAAUAUGUGCGAAACCUUAUCAAUGUCGUCACACUUAUUAGAUUUGCCACCUGAGUCGAUCAACGUUUUGACAAAUUAAAUACUGGUUAUGGGUCAGCCGUGACGUCAAUCGAUGAUCCACAAUGCCUGAAAUCCAACUGUCCCUUUAACCUCAAUUUUAUAAAAACUAUAAAAAUUCUCGCUACGAGAUAUCAACUCCAAUACGUAUACACAUUGACGUAUUAAAAUGAACAAUUCCAUUGAACUUUCUAUUAUACUCUGUGCAAAUAGAAUCGUGGACUCGCCAGUAGCUGAUUAGUAUCAGCGAUUUAUCGUAAACGAGGUUAUUACCAGAGCCAAUAAAGUACGGGGUCAUCGUACGACCUAAGAAUCAGCCGAGAUGAAUUUUACUGGAUUAAAAUAGGCAAAAGUAAAAAAAAAAAGGAAUAUCAAAAACAGAAAAACCCAUCCAGUAUCCACUGUACAUCGUACCCAGUUUAAAUGGCAAGGCCACGUAAUCAGCAAUUACAGGAAUAUAUCGUGUGUAAUGAAAACAGUGAUAAGAGAUGUUAAAGUCGCGCAGCACGUUAACGCUCUGUCGAAAUUGGCUUUGCGAUUAAAGAGUGAUGAAAUUAACGGUCUCUCAUGGUACCCAUUUAUAUGAAGCUCCAAAACGAUUAUGGCGAGGACGACGGAGAAUCAGGAGGAGCUGGAAGAUCCUGCGGUAGAAAGGAAUGGGUAUAAGAGCAACGAUAUCCAAUUGGAGGAUUUUGGUGAUAAGAAUAACGAGGAAAUCGAAGUGGAGAUGCUUGUUCCGCCGGAUGGCGGGUGGGGCUGGGUGGUCGUAGCUGCCUCCUUCAUGUGCAACGUCUUCGUGGAUGGUAUUAUCUCCAGCUUUGGCAUCUUCCUGAAUGACAUAGGCUCGACUUUUGGAGUCUCCAGGGCUAGGGUCGCUCUGGUCGGUUCCUUGCAGACUGGCUUCUAUUUGAUGGCUGGACCCGUUGUCUCGGCCCUUGCGAAUCGUUAUGGUUUUAGGCUGGUCACUAUACUGGGUAGCGUCAUGAGCUGCAUGGCCUUUUCGCUUUCUUAUUUCAGUAAUUCCAUUGAAUUUAUCAGCAUCACUUACGGUGUUCUCGGUGGCAUCGGACUUGGUUUGAUUUAUAUACCAGCGGUGAUAAUUACGGGAUUUUAUUUUGAAAGAUGGCGAGCACUGGCUACCGGUAUAUCCGUAUGCGGAUCUGGUAUCGGGACGUUUUUAUUGGCACCGGUCAUGGAUUUGCUGAAAAAAAAUUUCGAUUGGAAAGUAACCCUGCUGGUACAAGGAGGAAUGCUCCUGAGCUGCGUCAUUUUCGGCGCUUUGUUUCGGCCGCUUAAACCGACGUUGAUAAAGGUGAAGGCGAACGAGGAUAAUACUGAACUGGAUGUGAAAACAUCAUUUAUCGGUAAAGCCGUUUCAACGCGUUCCUUGUACCUCGAUCAUCCGCACAGCAGCCGUCUGUACGGUACCAACAAUAACACACAGUAUCCAACGGCCGCUGAGCUCAUUGGCAGUAGUCCCAACAUAGCAAACAGCCGCUCGUUACACUCGCUGCACAAGGUGCAGGUGGACAAGAAGAUGGAAAAGAAAUUGAGCAAGUCGGAGAAGAGACUGUCAGUGCCGAUUUAUCCCGAACUGGACAUAGUGAACGAUCAGGAGUUGAAGACUGUCGAGGAAGAGAAUAAUUUGCUUGGCGGUGACCUCGAGAGGCUGAACGGAAGAAUACCCACGAUUCGCAGGCAUACUGUCACUGAACGAAGAACAAGGAGGAAUUCUGACAGUAGUCAAAAGUCAUUUAAAACUAGCAGACGCAAUACAAUGACCAAGGAUACCCAGAGGCCAUUCUAUAGGGAUGAUAUUUUUUACGGUGGCUCAUUGCACAGACUUCCCCACUACAAGUCUCAAAUAUCCUCGGUAGGCUACCACAUGUCAGUGACCCGUUUGCCAACGGCGACGGACAUGGAGGAAGAAGAGAGCGGAAGUUGCUACCUGUGUCCGGAAAGCGUCAGAAGAAUUUUGUCAACGAUGCUCGACGUUAGCCUUUUGAAAAGUCCUACCUUCCUGGUACUGGCCGCUAGCGGUGCUUUGACUAUGAUGGGAUUUUAUACGCCGUUUGUUUACUUGCAAGCUCGUGCUGAGAGUGCUGGUAUGGAACCGUCUAAAACAAUGUUUCUUCUUUCCGUCGUGGGGAUUGGCAACACUAUUGGUCGUGUUGCUUGUGGAAUAAUCAGCAGCUUUCCGGGUGUCAAUGCUUUGCUUGUCAAUAAUGUAUUUAUUAGCAUAGCAGGACUGGCCACUGUGUUUUCUGGCAAGUCUCUUACUCAGGAAUACCAAUUCUUAUAUGCUGCCUGUUUCGGCCUUAGUAUAUCGGUAUUUGUAUCGCUGAGAUCGAUCCUCGUGGUGGAUCUUUUGGGACUGGAAAAACUUACCAACGCAUUUGGUUUGCUAUUACUUUUUCAAGGUGUGGCUGCCACCAUUGGCGCACCUCUUGCAGGUGCUUUCAUUGGCCCAAACGGUGACUACGACUUUUCUUUUUAUCUCUCCGGAUCGUUGAUCUUCGUUUCUGCAGUCAUAUGUUAUCCUCUGGGCAGGAUCAAUCAGUGGGAGAAAAACAGGGAGAGAGACAGGGUCAUGAACGUGUCGAAAUCCUGAUUGAUAACAGUCAAAAGCAUUGUUACUAAGCGGAACGGAUCGUCUACGCAUCGCGUACGCACCAGGAUACGCGUUAUGCAGAAUUUUCAUCGAAAUUCAUUCGUCCGAUGUAUAUAACGAGUAGUAAUUUAUGGUAAGCAAAUCUACUAAGGAUACCAACAGUCACUCUCCAGCCACCAGCGUACUCAUGGAACUCAAAGAGAUUUUCAAAUAUUUUAUCGACCAUACGAUUAUACUACAGUGCCUGUCCUGUCAAAAUGUGUAUCACGCGUAUACGUAUUUUAUACGACGACAUAUUUCCGAAAGUUUCACAAGACGGAUAUGUCAACUUUGAAAAUGUCAAAUUAAAACAAAAGGAAUCUUAUCGAAAGACAAUUGUUACGAUGCGAAACAGAAUAUAGUGAGACUCAGAUUCAUCAAUAAUGAGAUUAGAUUUAAGAAAAAUAAUCACGUGACGUUUUUCGGUUAUCAUGAAUAAAUUCGUACUGGAAAAUCCUGUGUAUUUAAGAACAGAGAAGUGAUACUCGAAUAAACUCCUGCAAGUAUAUACAGGGUAUUCCGAAACUACCUGACCCGGUGGGUAUGGCGGUGUUCGGGUGGCUUCACUGAUCACGAAAAUGACCUUCUUUUUGUCCGGAAGGUCACAGUUUUUAAAUGGGAGCAGGUCAAAGUUGACCAA